GUUGGCAUUAAGGUUGCGGUAGAAGAUCCACUUUCAAAUACGCAGAAACACGUUUGUAGAGCAUUUUCAACAUACGUGGCCAAACCAGCUGGAGAUAAAAAGGUUAAUCUAAAACCUGUCAAGCUUCAAAUUCCACAAGAUCACUUGGAAUACAGUCUAGCGACCGAAAGGAGGAGAAUCCGACUUUACCAUGAAGUGUCCUAUAACAAUCUGAUGGAGGACAGCGGUGCUCUUUAUGACCCAGAUUGGGAAAAUGACCACAACAAGAUCUCCACAGACUGUACCCGCGUAGAGAGCAUUGAACUGGUUCUUCCACCCCAUGCAAACCAUCAAGGGAACACAUUUGGAGGACAGAUCAUGGCUUGGAUGGAAACUGUGGCUAAUAUUUCUGCAAGUGUUGAGGUUGGUGUCCGAGUGGAAGCUUAUAACUGUGAGGAGUGGACAGAGGGCAAACCACGCCAUAUUAAUAGUGCUUUCCUCAUUUAUCAAGCGCUGGAUGCCAACAACCAGUAUGUAACGUUCCCCAGAGUUAAAGCCUCAAACAAGGACAGCAUCAGACGGUUUUGUGGAGCCAUCGCACGCAGGAAAAUUCGUGUGGCCAGAAAGUAUAUUCUGUCAAGCAAACCAGAAAAG